GGUGUCCCCGGCCGGUUUGGGGGUUGCGUUGCCCGGAGACGGAAAGUUUGGGAGCCGGAGCAGGCUCGGCUGCGGCCCCGGGAAGGGGGUCCAGGGAGGCGGUGGCCCUGGGGAUGGGGAAGGAGCAGGAGCUGCUGGAGGCGGCCCGCACCGGGCACCUCCCGGCCGUGGAGAAGCUGCUGUCCGGGAAGCGGCUCUCCUCAGGCUUCGGGGGCGGCGGCGGCGGCGGCGGCUCCUCCGGGAGCAGCAGCGGCGGCGGCGGCGGCGGCGGCGGCGGCGGCCUCGGGUCCUCGAGCCACCCCCUCUCCAGUCUGCUCAGCAUCUGGAGAGGGCCGAAUGUGAACUGUGUUGACAGCACGGGGUACACACCUCUACACCACGCGGCUUUGAACGGCCAUAAGGAUGUGGUUGAGGUUCUUCUCAGGAAUGAUGCUCUGACCAACGUGGCCGACUCUAAAGGCUGUUACCCUCUGCACCUGGCCGCCUGGAAAGGAGAUGCCCAGAUAGUGCGGUUGCUCAUCCAUCAAGGGCCCUCACACACCAAAGUCAAUGAACAGAACAACGACAACGAGACGGCCCUGCAUUGUGCAGCGCAGUACGGCCACACGGAGGUGGUGAAGGUCCUUUUAGAGGAGCUAACAGACCCCACCAUGCGCAACAACAAAUUCGAGACACCGCUGGACCUGGCAGCGCUGUACGGGAGACUGGAGGUGGUGAAGAUGCUCCUGAAUGCACACCCCAACCUCUUGAGCUGCAACACUAAGAAGCACACGCCCCUGCACUUGGCAGCAAGGAAUGGUCACAAAGCCGUGGUCCAGGUCCUCCUGGACGCCGGCAUGGAUAGCAACUACCAGACGGAGAAGGGCAGUGCUUUGCAUGAGGCUGCUUUGUUUGGCAAGACCGAUGUGGUGCAAAUCCUGCUGGCUGCAGGAAUUGAUGUCAACAUCAAAGAUAACCGUGGACUGACUGCCCUAGACACUGUACGGGAACUCCCUUCUCAAAAAAGCCAGCAGAUAGCAGCACUGAUCGAAGAUCACAUGACAGGAAAAAGAAGUGCAAAAGAGGCAGAUAAAACCCCCACCUCCCAGGGACCUCUCAUCUCCAGUAUGGACUCCGUAUCCCUGAAGUCUCAGGGUGACAUGGAGAAAGCAGUGGCCGAACUGAUCAUUGAUUUUGACACAGACGCCGAGGAGGAGGGUCCCUACGAGGCGCUGUACAACGCUGUCUCCUGCCAUUCAUUGGACAGCAUGGCCAGCGGGCGAUCGUCUGACCGAGACUCCGUGAGCAGGGAGGCUGAGGCAGCGGGAGUGAGAGCUGCUGGAGUGAGGCCUAGGGAACGUCCACCGCCUCCAGCAAAGCCACCACCCGAUGAAGAGGAGGAAGACCGUAUAGAUAAGAAGUAUUUUCCAUUGACAGCUUCUGAGGUCUUGGCCAUGAGACCCUGGGUUCAGUCAGGGGCAGCCAGGGAUGAGGACGAGCACCCUUAUGAGCUUUUGUUAACGGCAGAAACAAAGAAGCUGGCAUCCGUGGACGGAAGACCGAAAGACCACAGGCGGAGCAGCGGCGGCCGGAGCCAGGACUCUGCAGAGGGGCAGGACGGGCAGGUCCCAGAGCAGUUCUCCGGUCUCCUCCACGGCUCCUCCCCAGUGUGUGAGGUGGGGCAGGACCCUUUCCAGCUGCUCUCUGCCGCUGGCCAGAGCCAUCCAGAAGGGUCCCCCGCUCAGGGCGCCUGUCACGAGGCCAGCAUGCAGCUGGAGGAGACGAGUGUGCACGCUCCUGGAGCCUCCCCGCCCAGUGUCCUGGACCCGAGUAAGAGAGUGGGUUACCCAGCCGGCCUGCCCACCACCAACAGCCAAUCGCACCCCGAAACUUUGACUCACACGGCAUCUCAACACCCUGGUGGUGCCGAGGAAGAGAGAGACAGGAGCGGGGCUAGAAGCCGAGCCCCUCCCACCAGCAAACCCAAAGCUGAACUCAAACUCAGCCGCAGCUUGUCCAAGUCAGACUCUGAUCUCCUGACCUGCUCACCCACGGAGGACGCUACAAUGGGGAGCCGGAGCGAGUCCUUGUCCAACUGCAGCAUCGGGAAGAAGAGGCUGGAGAAGUCGCCCUCCUUUGCCUCGGAGUGGGAUGAGAUUGAGAAAAUCAUGAGCUCUAUUGGAGAAGGGAUUGACUUUUCUCAGGAACAGCAGAAGAUCUCAGGUUCACAGACGCUGGAGCAGAGCGUCGGGGAGUGGCUGGAGGCCGUUGGGCUGCAGCAGUAUGAGAGCAAGUUGCUUCUGAAUGGCUUUGACGAUGUCCGCUUCCUGGGGUCUAACGUGAUGGAAGAGCAAGACCUGCGGGAGAUUGGCAUCAGUGACCCCCAGCACCGGCGGAAGCUGCUCCAGGCGGCACGGUCCCUCCCCAAGGUGAAAGCUCUGGGCUAUGAUGGCAACAGCCCUCCAUCAGUGCCCUCCUGGCUGGACUCCCUCGGGCUGCAGGACUACGUCCAUUCCUUCCUGUCGAGUGGCUACAGUUCCGUUGACACUGUGAAGAACCUCUGGGAACUGGAGCUGGUCAAUGUCCUGAAGGUCCACCUGCUCGGCCAUCGCAAGCGCAUCAUCGCCUCCCUCGCGGACAGGCCCUACGAGGAGCCGCCCCAGAAGCCUCCACGGUUUUCCCAGCUGAGAUGCCAGGACUUGCUCUCCCAGACGUCGUCCCCGCUGAGCCAGAAUGACUCCUGCACUGGCCGCUCUGCUGACCUGCUGCUGCCUCCUGGGGACACGGGCAGGAGGCGCCAUGACAGUCUACACGACCCUGCGGCACCUUCUCGGGCGGAGCGCUUCAGAGUCCAGGAAGAGCACCGCGAGGCCAAGCUGACCCUUCGGCCCCCCAGCCUGGCCGCCCCCUAUGCUCCUGUGCAGAGUUGGCAGCACCAGCCGGAGAAACUCAUCUUCGAGUCCUGCGGUUAUGAAGCUAAUUAUCUGGGCUCCAUGUUGAUCAAAGACCUUCGAGGGACAGAGUCCACACAGGACGCCUGUGCCAAGAUGCGGAAGUCCACCGAGCACAUGAAGAAGAUCCCCACUAUCAUCUUGUCCAUCACGUACAAAGGUGUCAAGUUCAUCGAUGCCUCCAACAAGAACGUCAUUGCGGAGCAUGAGAUCCGGAACAUUUCCUGCGCGGCCCAGGACCCAGAGGACCUCUGUACCUUUGCCUACAUCACCAAGGACCUGCAGACCAGCCACCACUAUUGCCAUGUUUUCAGCACGGUGGACGUGAAUCUGACCUACGAGAUCAUCCUGACGCUGGGGCAGGCGUUCGAAGUGGCCUACCAGCUGGCCCUGCAGGCCCAGAAGUCCAGGCCGAUGGGGGCCUCCGCCGCCGAGACCGUGGAAACGAAGUCUUCCAAACCGGUGCCUAAGCCUCGGGUCGGCGUGAGGAAGUCAGCAGUGCCGCUGCCCCCCGAUAGUCGCUGUUGUUACUGUCACACCUGCACCACCCAUCGUCCUUCUUACCUACCGCUGCCGUCUGUUAGUCCUGGAGUCAAGCUGGAACCACCCGACACGGACCCAGACGCCCAGUCGCAUGCCAGUGUCUCCUGGGUUGUGGACCCGAAACCAGACUCUAAGCGGAGCCUCAGCACCAAGGUCAGACUGCGUUCCGUGAGGGCCGAGGUCCUCGGGCACAUGCCUGACUCUGCAGCACGGAGCUCGGAGCCUGCGAACCCCCGCGGGCCGGCUUCCCUGGGCAGGCCUCGCGGUCCCGACGAGUCUUCCGCUCCAAGGAACGGGAUGGCACGUGUGUGGUCGGCCCCUCGUGUCUUCGCCACUGAGCCACCGAAGGAGCCAACUGUGCUGCAGAAACACAGACGUGGGGAGCACAGGCUCCCACUGCCGCUGCCGCUGCCACCGCCAUGUCACCUGCGCUCUGAGGACCCAGGCCCAGCCUCUGCCUGCAGCAGCUCCUCGGGGCUGCUCGGCCUGGACCUGCCCCCGCCAGGUCUCACAGAGCGAGCUGCACUCCAGGCCUCAAGCAGAUGAGACUGGAACUCCCGAGAGUCAAGAAGUGACUUGUCCAGAAGACAUUUUUUAAUAGAAAAAAAUUUUUUCUAUAAAAUGAAUUUUUAAGACUUGGCUCAAACCUCUAGGUUAAACCGCCAAAUCUUGAGACAAAUGGCCAUCAGAUCAGAGGACAGGGGACAGGAGAUUGGCUACAAGGCCAGUCUGUCCAGGCUUCUGUCCUUGGGCCGGGAUCUCGGCAUGGUCCAGUAGGGCGAGGAGAAGGCAAUGGCCCGCGGGUGAACUGAAAGCAGGCACUAGUGGGCAACACCGAGGAGGUCCGUUAGAGUCUGCUUUUCAAGCCCAGCCAAGUUAGCUGCCGUUCCUGGUGAACCGCCUGACUGCCGGUCCUGUGUAGAGCCAGCGGGGCCUCUGCAGUGAGAACGCAGCCUGGCAGGCACCUGGCAAAAGCCAAGACUUCCGGUCCGUUUCUGGGGUUCCAAAUGUGAAGGCCUGGGGGCCAGGCAGAGCUGAGUGAGCAGCCCCUGGUGCCACGAAGUCUGCGCCAGCACCCUGGGCGGCUCCCCGGCCCCUGACCCCGUGGUCAGAGCGCUGUCCCACAAGCUCCCUGGCGCCCUCCGGCCACGGCCGGGGUUGGGUCGAAGAGAAGCAGCAGCUUCGUUUCGGGCAUUAAUGGGUAGGUCAGCUAAGAGUGCUACCUGCCAGUUUGUGAUUUGUCUAAUCAGGUCUGUGUGAUUAGGACUCACUUCGAUUCUCUGAAUUAUUGGUUCGACUGUUGUAUUUCAGCUGCUGGAUUCAGCCCCCGCUCUAAGUGUAGAGAAGGCUCUCUUUAGCCUUAUUAGGUGACAGUCAAUUUGAUUCUCCCCCGGCGUGACCUUCAGGGCAGGCCGGGUCGUAGUGCAGCUCUGCCACGGAGGCCCUCCUGCUGGCUCUCUUUGCUCUAACGCAGCAUCUCCGGAAUCUCUCUCUCUGCUCCUCGGGUGGGGGAGGGAACGGGGGAGGGGGGGGGGUUCAGCCACCUGCCCCGUCCCUUCCAGAUCAGGCUCAGAGAGGAGCCUUUCCUCACGCAGGUGGCCAGCACACCUCACGCUCUGCUGGCGGGUUCCAGGCUUUGGUGGCGGUUCUGUGCAGGGAACCUGCUCAGGCCCACUCCCCACCCCUGCGGGCGUCCAGGGGCGGAAAGCUGCCCUCUCUCCCCGCUGCCACCGCAGGCCCCUCCUCUCUUAGGCGGAGGCAGGUGACCCUCCACUUUCUGGUACUAAACAAGGACCUCAACACCUGGACACUUGGCUUCACUUCCUGCUUCUCCGGCAGCAACCCCCGUGCAGUGUCCCGCCCCUGCCGGCCUUGAGCCUCUGACGGAGGGACCCUGGGGGCUGCGCUGGUGCCAGCGGCCUGGCCUCCCCCCAGGCGCCUCCCGUGCGGUAGGCCCCAAAGGAAACCUGUGUAGACACUACGAUGAGCUGCUCAAGCUGUCUUUUUGUUUUUAAAUCCUAUGUAGGUGUUUCCUCCCCUCGAAGCUGCUAUAUCUUUAUUUAUUCAGGGUGUUGCCGUUACUGGAGAGCCUUGGCUAGUCCGCUCUGGCGCUGGGUUUCCUUCUGAGCUCGGUUUCUUUCUGAGUAGUCAAGAAGGGUAGGGACUGGAUCUUUCCUCCUCUCUUCUCCUCUGGGGCAGGUGCACUGUCCCUUUCUAGGGAAGGGAGAGUAACUUUAAGGACAGGCUUCAAGUGGAAAAGCCCCUGCCUCUGCCCUUCCCUGCGCGUCCCUGCGGUCUCUGGGCUGGGCAGGAGCCCUUCAGGGCAGGACUGGAAACGGGGUCCGUACGGCACCGGCCACAGGUUGUCUGCUUGCCUCUUUUCCACUCGCUGUUCUGAGCAGUAGGACCCCUGACAGGCUCUGCAUUCGCGAUGCUCCACGUCCCUCUGGGUCUCUAGCCCCGGAUUCUAGAGGGCGUUCCCGAGAAGCUUCUGGCUGAGCAGGCAGCAUAGUUGCAGUCGUUAAGACAUUAGAAAGCUAGUCUGACCUCGGUCUGUUCUUGAAAUGCCCAGGCCUGUGGAAUGACUGUCAGACGCAGUUCACAAAAGUGUUGUUGCUAAAGGUGUGGCAAUGGGACUGAAUUGUAAUAAAAAUGUUAUUUAAUCCUUGUCUCUGUAUUUUGAUACUUGAACGAAUUCCCCUUUUAUUUUACUGUACAUAUCGUUGUUAAUCUGUCUGAUUGUGUCCGAAUUACGAACAUCUUGUGGUACCAAACAAAAGCGAUCUGUGCGACACCACAGACUGACCUCACCACGUGAGAGUGUAAAUACUCCUGGGCUUCCAGCUUCGGUUUUGUUAUUUUCCUAACUGUACAACUUAGAACAGAUUGAAUUAAUAAAGGAGAAACAACAUGAAACCA